AUGGCCGCACUUGAUGUGGAUAGUGAUGACGAGUCAGUGGAUGCACCCGCUCAUGGCACACCCAAUACAGUUGCAGCUGCAGAGCCUGCCUCCAUACCACAGCUCAUUGAGAGUAUCUUGGGGAUGUCUGCCCUUAGCAACAUUGAUGAGAGCGGAACUGAUAUUGUGCCAGACACAGAGACUGAUCCUGUUGUUCAGGAAUUACAGGCUGCGGGAAGAGGUGAAGGCAGGGGAAGGGGAAGGGGAAGAAAGAAGAAGGCUGCUGCUGCAUCUUCUGGAAUCACAGUGACUUUUACUUUGAUUACACCGCACUUUUGGUAUUACAAGUAUUAUGACUCAAUUGCUAUUCAUAUACAACCAGGGUUUACCUAUAUACAAGGCCCUAUUGUGUAA